ACAGCCAAUUAACAGAUCUUUUUUAUUUUUAGUUUGAAUUUAGUUAUAAAUGAACUUACACUAUUUCAGACAUUUAAAAAAAUCUUUUAUACAAACUUUCUUCAUAAUACUCAUUUAUAGAUAUAAUCACCUUAAGUUUGAAUAUUGUAAAAACUCAACAAAUAGUUUGCCUGUUUACUCCGUUGCGCAAAAAUUAUCUCAUUCAUAUCCAAUGAAUUGUGGGUAACUUCUGUACAUGUUAGGGAAAACCCAACUUUCGUUUUUGCAUUCAUCAUGUCCGACAAGAUUAAAGAAAAACCCAGCGGAUGGUCUCCAGAGGAUAUGGAGGUAUUCAAACAUCCUAUGUGUUUGAUCAGUACCGAAAGUGUGGAGAAUGAAUAUGGUGAAGAGAUAAAAAUCAAUUUCAAGGAGGAACAGGAAGUACUCAACCAACUUAAACAGAUUGAUCUGCCAAUGGUUAUUGUAGCCGUGGUAGGUCUAUACAGAACUGGCAAAUCUUACCUGAUGAAUCUUUUAGCAGAAUCAACAACAGGCUUUGCAAUGGGAAGCGGGAUUCAAUCGAAAACCAAAGGAAUUUGGGUAUGGUGUAAAAUGCAUCCAAAAAUGUCGGACACAGUUUUGCUGCUUCUUGAUACCGAGGGUCUUGGUGAUGUUGAAAAGGGCGACACACGUCAUGACAACAAGAUAUUUACAUUGGCGACACUCUUGUGCAACUGCCUUGUUUAUAAUAUGAAGGGAGCCUUCGAUAACGAAGCUGUCUCUAAACUCACAUUUGUAACAGAAAUGGCAAAGAAUAUCAGGUUUCGUGGUGAAUCAUCAGAAGCUAACAAGGCAUUGAGUUUAAUACUGCCAGAUUUUGUUCUUUGUAUGAGAGAUUUCACUUUAGAGCUGUGCAUUGACGGAAAGCCGAUAUCAACAAAUGAAUAUCUUGAGGAAUGUUUAGCUGCGAGAAAAGGCAGAGCUUCAAAAUUCAACAAACAACGAGAAUACAUUAGAGAAUACUUUCAGAAACGUAUGUGUUUUACAUUUCCUUUGCCAGGUGAUAACAGUGUCCUUAGGAAUCUGGAAUUUCUGAGAUUUGACGAUUUAUCUUGCAGCUUUAAAGAUGCAACUUCUCGUUUUGUAUCGUACAUUUAUGGUAUACCACCAAAACAAUUGCUAGCAAGUAAACCGGUUAAUGGACGAAUGUUUGUAACCUUGGUACAGAGCUACGUUUCAGCAAUCAAACACGGUGCCGCUCCAGAUGUUGAUGAUGCAUUUGAAAGAGUAGCAAAUAUUGAAAAUGCCAUAUUUGAAAAAGAGGCUUUAGAGAUGUUUCAGUUAUCAGUCCCUACUGAUUAUUUACGGCGCAUUUAUAUAAACGCCCAACAAGCAGCGCUGGACUAUUUUCGAAGGAAUGCUGUCCAUGAUACAAAUGGCAAAUAUGAAAAACAAGCUCAGAUGAAAAUGGAUAAAGUUUGGAAUAUAAGCAUUGGAAAAGAGAAGCAAAGGCGAAGAAAAGGAAGUAUGGAUGAAUUAUUAAUGGAACUCCAAAAGGCGCAAAUGGAAGCGCUAGAUACACAAAGAAAGGAUUUACAGAAGGAUCUUCUUAGGCGUCUAGAAAUUGAAAGAAAGAAAUAUGAAGUGUUGUUGGAAGAAAAGUUAAAUCUUAAAAAGAAAGAAGCACAAAGAGAAAAUGAAAGAUAUAGAAGUGAGAAGGAGGAAAGAAAGAAACAACUAGAAACAGAAAAGGCAAGACGAGAUGCCGAAAUCUAUAGGGAACAAGAACAAGAAAGGCAAGACGAAGAAAGGCGACACAGAGAAAAUAUCGAUAAAUUAUUAAAGGAACACCAGAAGGCGCAAAUGGGAGCGUUAGAUAAAAUGAGAAAUGAUAAAAACAAAGAUCUAUUUGAACGUCUAGAAAAUGAAAGAAAGAAAUAUGACUUGCUGUUGGAAGAAAAGUGGAAACUUGUAAAAGAAGAAUCACAAAGAGAAAAUGAAAGAUAUAGAAAAGAGUUAGAAGAAACAAAGAAACAAUUGGAAAAUGAAAGAGAAAAGGCACAAAGUGAAGCUGAGAUAUAUCGGAAAAAAGAAGAAGAUAUUCAAGAUGAGCAAAGGCGGCACAAAGAAAAUAUCGAUACAUUAUUAAAGGAACACCAGAAAGCGCAAAUGGAAGCGUUAGAUAAAAUGAGAAAAGAUCAAAAGAAAGAUCUAUUUGAACGUCUAGAAAUUGAAAGAAAGAAAUAUGACAUGCUGUUGGAAGAAAAGAUGAAACUUGUAAAAGAAGAAUCACAAAGAGAAAUUGAAAGAUAUAGAAAAGAAAAAAGAGAACCACCUACAUUUUUCAGUAGCACCAGAAAUCGUUCAUCUGAUUUGAAGCAAAUAUCAGACGGUGCUAAGGGUCUGCGUUGA